AUGUAUAGAAGGCUCGAUACUCACUUUCCAAAAUUGAGGGUUUAUUGUGAUAAAUUUGCGGAGAACGUAAUACGUGAAUGUCCAGCAUACCAAAUAACCUCACAUAAAUCGAACGAUGAGAGCGAAAAAGAUAAACUAGAUGUGCGGCUGAAGUUGAACACGGACAGAGAGAAGGAAGAAAAAGAAAUGUACACAACAUUUGUUGGAAUAUUUGUGGGUGGUUGUAUUCAUCAACAACAUUCGUUGACGACAGCAGAAAAGAGAAAUAACAUUGUUAGAAGUUACAAUCAGCAUGAGAAUGAUUUGAACAUCCCAGUGACAACCGAUAAUGUCAUGAAGACGCAAUAA